CUGUGUCAUUAUCUGCUACUGUAACGGGAAAUUUUAAUAUUAGACCCAGUGUAAAUGCUGAUUAUAGCAAGAAGUUGCGGGAAAGAACGCUACUGGCUGCAAAACCUGAAAGAACAAUAAGGUUCCUUGAAGAAAAUGAAAACCGUGGUGCUUAUGUUCCGCCCGGUGAUCAGUCUGCACUCAUAGAUUCGCUUUUUGGUGCUUUCGAAAAAUAUGCAUAUUGGACAUUUAAAGGCCUUAAAGAUUAUGUAAAGCAACCGGAGUCUUAUCUCAAAGAGGUGUUGAAUGAAAUAGCAAUUUUGGACAAGAAAGGUCAUUACAACAACUGUUAUCAUCUAAAACCUGAAUAUAGUCAAAAUAUAUCUGCGGAAACUGUAUCUGUGGCUCCCCAGGGUGUAGAGGCACCCCUGGAAAGCGUGAGCAACGAAGAAGAAUAUAGUUUUGAAGCACCUGAAAAUGAUGAAUUUGAGGCAGGGGUGUCGGAUGAAGAUCUAUCUGAUGAUUAA